GUUUUGCCACCCUGGAUUCCUUGUCAGAACCAUCGCACUUCUUUGCCAUCCAUGCGAAGUGUUGUAGCUCGUUAGCAGCGAUCUCCACUGAGUCGAGAUCGAUACUUCGAGUCGAUUGGGUUUGAUUUCCUAGCUUGCGUUUGAAUGUACACGAUACUGUUCCCGACGUCAUGGCGUGUAGUCAUCAGGAGAUUUUCACGAUGGUGGACGAGCAGGACACAAUGGAUUUCAACCAAAUAGAGAUAACUAACUGCAGGGUGACAGUGAGUGUCGUCCUCUCUGAUUCGGCACAUAUCCCAGCCAUUCGACAGCAGCUCGGGAAGUCGCUUCCAGAUUGUGACUGCGAAGUGCAAGGCAAAACCAUCACUGUUUCAGGUUAUCCUCCUAGCGACGAUUUUGAUGCAAGCCACAUUCUGGAGUUGAUCAAAAAACACGAUUUGGGUGCGACGAAGGCGUAAGUCAGCUCCAAGGGCCCUUGCGAGGCCGUGGAUUGCGUGCUGUAAAAUGGAAGGAUGUGAUCAGAGGGGUGUAAGCAAUCAUUAAAACUGCCGGGCAGAAAAGGCUCGUAAUCUCACCGCUGCCGUGGCAACGCGGUACUGCAAGCACUGUGACUCCCUAAGCACUGAUGGCUGCCGUGCCACCAAAGGGCGGUUCCCACGCCGUGGUUCCCCACUUCCCCAUGUUGCCACUCACUCAAUGGCAUCACGCUGCUCAAAGGCCACAAACACACUCACUCACUCACUCACUGCUGGGGCCCUCCUCCUCCUCCUCCUGCCCCUCCCUCCCUUCCUGUUCAGAUUGUUGUCCCUGGUUAGACCUUGGCUAACUAUUCAUUGUAAGUGCCGUUUUAUGAUGAUGCUCAGUGGAUCAUUUGUGUUAGUGAUGGAGAUAGAUACAUCAGUCACCAAUUUCCAUCUCCUCAAAACAGAGAGAUGAGGAGGAGGAGGAGGAGGAGGAGGUGAAGCGCAAAUGUCUCAGACUGCCCCCCCUUGUUUGAAAAGACAAGGCAUUUCUCCCUCAUCACUAAUUUGUCGCCUUUUUUUAGUGCUGGCCGAUGCACAAUGGGACAACACAUUCUUACAGUUCACGCAUUGCUCAUCGUUUCUUUUCUUUUUUAUUUAUUUAUUUCCCCGUUUUGUGGAAAUUUUUCUGAUACUCAGGAAUCAUAUAAUUUCCUAACAUAUGCCCAUGUUACUAUGACGUGGGCAAUAAUUGUUGGUUCUGUAUAAUUUUAUGUGCUUAUUUACUAAAAGUUUGGUUAUAGUUCUAAAUAUGAAUAAAGUUAUAUAAUAUUAAAAUUA